CGUAAUUAAAAAUGGCCGCUGUGAUAGGAAACAUGGCAAGUACUGCUUAAGAAAACAAAGGUAAUCAUGUAUGUUUAAAUAGCUUGAAAUUGUACAGAUAUCAUCCUCUAGUCAGACCGACCGUCGAAAGAAUCUGACGUGAAGUGGCUCUUCCAGCUGCGCACGUUGUUAAGUACCUAACUUGAAUUGGUCAAAGUGUUGUUGGAGUGAAAGAACAAUUUCAAGAACUUAGUUUGGCAUUCGUUAAAGAAUUUACCCGAACAACAAAAUGAAGAAAAUGCGAAAGUAUUCUGGAGCAACUGGCGUGAAAACGUUGCCAAUUGUCCCUUCGACGUUCGCGGCGACGAGUUCGCCACAUUUUAUGGCGGCACUAAGCGGAAAGACGCAGGACCAUGCAUCGAGAAAAAUUUCUUCUUACAAAAAGAGUUCCGCAUCGCCAUAUGUCCCAAAGAAGAAAAGCUCGGCGCUGUUUAUUCCAUCGCAUCUUCCAAUGGUUCACGUAACAGCAAUGGAGGAGGGAGUGGAGGAUGGAAGUGGAAAAUCAGCGUCCCCUAGAAGAAAGGUAUCUUCAAACGGAUCACCUUGGGCUCGUUGGGUGAAAACCGAUGACUUGAACGAGAAACAUUCAGUAGUUUCAAAAUCCACAGCUGGGAGACAGCGAAAGAUAUCGAACACCAAGCCAAAAGCGAGCGUUCUGGGAGAAACUCCACUCGGAAGAGAUCUAAUAUUUCACCGAAAGAUUUCCAAUACAGCAGCUCCAGCUGUAAUGAGAGUGGACAAAGCAGAAGAAAAACAAAGACUGUUAACAAAGUAUGCCUUAAAUAAUCUUACUCUUAAUAGCGACAACAGAAAUCGGCUAAUUAAAAACUCAUAUUUCAGCGGAUACAAUGUGAAUGGGAACUUGGAGGCUAAUCUCCCGACGAGAGGCAGGACACAGAGCCUUAAUUUUGUUUCCAAAGGUGAGCAAGGCAAGGUAAAUGCAGCAGCUAAGGUUUUCACAUCGAGAGUGAACCAAGAUGAAUCUGCGAGCAGCAUGUUUGGAAGAGUUAGAGCUCAGAGCUUGAAUAUUGUUCCGUGCGGAAGUGAAUCUGUGAGAACAAGAACCUCGCAUAAUAGAAAUGGAGGGCUGCGGGAAAUAGUGGAAAUGAGAGGACGAAAGAGCCCUAUCGAAGACGGCGCAGCACUUGCAGCUGAUAGCCGUCUCCAAGUUGAGGUAGUUACCGACACAAAUCAAAAGCCUGCCUGCCUAUACCGAUAUCCGCAAAGAAAAGACAGCAGCGAGUACAGCAGACCUUCGGUAAAGCGCGAUAAUCUGCAUACCGUAGCACCAUCUUUGCGGAAAGUUUCGCAAGAUCGAAACGCUUUCUUAACCUUCCCUGAUCUGAGGGCAAAAACAUGGAUAGAGAGCUGACACAAAACAAGCUACGUUUUUAUUCAUCUUGAGCAUCAAAAAGUGAUCUAUGUGUUGUACUUGGUCAAAGUUUUCGAUACGUUUUCUUGCGUAAAUAAUAUUUGAGUAAUCAGAAGUAAAUGUUGCCUUCUUUUUGAUCCUAAUGAAAAAUAAUUAUAAAUAGGUUUAACGAGAAAAGAGUGACGUUUCCUUUUGUUGCAGUAUCUUGUUAGGUCUCAGCGGGAGUCCAGGAAAAUGAUGUUGCGUUACAAAGAAUUUAGGGAAGUCAGUGAAAGGUGAAAAGCGCAAAAGCACUUGUUAGUUCGUAGAACCUGUACUUGCCAUUGGUUUAUCUGUUAGUUCAUAGCACCUGUACUUGCCAUUGGUUUAUCUGUUGUGCAGGUGAACUAAGUUAAUAUUGGUCAACAACAGAAAGCAUUACACAAAACGUUUGAAAAUUGACUUAUUGAUUAAGUGGCUCUAGGGCGGGGUGUUAUUCCGACGAAAACAAUACUUUGGAAUGGGGUUAAAGUUUGUCACGUUGGGCGCAAAUCUAUUGUAAAGUUAUCGACCUCAAAUCGAUAGAAAAUAAACUCUUUGAAAGAGUGGUCGCUUUAUGUUCUCGAUGUUUUAAGCAAAGGACACUUUGUUGAAUUGUGGAGAACUAAUAAAACUCUUUCUAGAGGUG